AUGUUUGAUAAUUGGAAGUUGUCCAGAACACAAGGAGUACCCUUUAUUGUUGGAGAUGAGCUUCACAGGACCUGCCGUGUAGUAGGUGUUCGGUAUGUAGGAUUUUGUAUGAAAUUUGUAAAUAUGUUACUGACUCAUGGGAUCAAGCCUAUUCUUGUAUUUGAUGGAUGCACUUUACCUUCUAAAAAGGAAGUGGAGAAGUCUAGAAGAGAAAGGCGACAAGCCAAUCUUCUGAAGGGAAAACAGCUUCUUCGUGAGGGGAAAGUCUCAGAAGCCAGAGAUUGUUUUACCCGCUCUGUCAAUAUCACACAUGCUAUGGCCCACAAAGUAAUUAAGGUAAUCAAGAAAAUUGGGCAUUAUCUCAAGAUGAAUAUAACGGUGCCAGAAGAUUACAUCAAAGGAUUUAUUCGGGCCAACAAUACCUUCCUUUAUCAGCUAGUUUUUGAUCCCAUCAAAAGGAAACUCACCCCUCUGAACGCCUAUGACAGUGACAUCGAUCCUGAAGCACUAAGCUAUGCUGGGCGGUAUGUUGAUGAUUCUGUAGCUCUUCAAAUAGCACUUGGAAAUAAAGAUAUAAACACUUUUGAACAGAUUGAUGACUAUAAUCCAGACACCGCUACGCUUGCCCAAUCAAGAAGUCAUAGUUGGAGUGACAAAACAUGUCAAAAAUCAUCUAACAGUAUUUGGCAUAAGAAUUAUUGUCCUAGACUUAAGCUGGAUAUUGUUCCAAAUGCUACAAAAUUGAAGGAAAAUCUACAUACUCUGGGCAUUGAACAAGUAAUUAGUACUAAAGGUUUAAAUCUUCCAAGGAAAUCGUCCAUUGUGAAAAGACCAAGAAGUGAAGAGCUGUCAGAAGAUGAUCUGUUGAGUCAAUAUUCUCUUACAUUUACAAAGAAGACCAAGAAAAAUAGCUGUGAAGGUAAUACAUCAUUGAACUCUUCCGAAAUAUUUACUCCUGACCUGGUAGAUCGAACUACUGUUAAAAAAAGCUUAAGUGCACCACCUCCUACAAGAAACAAAUUUGCAACGUUUUUACAGAGAAAAAACGAAGAAAGUGGUGCAGUUGUGGUUCCAGGGACGAGAAGCAGGUUUUUUUGCAAUUCUCUGGAUUCUGUGGACUGUGUAUCAAAGACAGCAAGCAGCCAGCCUCUCGAUGAAACUGCUGUCCCCGAGAAAGACACCAGUCUAAAUGAAUCAGAUUGUCUAGAUGGCAAAGGGCUGGUUGAUGCGAAUGUAGCACAUAAUUCAAGCGAUCAGAUUCCAGAUGAAGUGACUGUGAUUGCUGAUGAAGAGCCUCCGUCUUUUAAGACCAGCAAAUUCACAAGGACCGUUUCUCCACCCACUCUGGGGACACUGAGAAGCUGUUUUAGUUGGUCUGGAAGUCUUGGAGAUUUUUCGAGAACUCCGAGCCCCUCUCCAGGGACAGCACUGCAGCAGUUCCAUCGAGAGAGUGAUUCUCCGCGCUCCGUGCCUGAAAAUAAAGAGAUGACUGACGGAUCUCAGGUGAAGAGUGAUGAGUCAGGUGAUGAAGCUCAUUCCUCGCACGAAGUGACUUGGUCUUCGCAGUCUCAGGAGAGCGUAGCAUUAUCACAACACUUAGAUGCAUCCGAACUCUCUCAGCCCUGCAGCAAGGAUUCUGAUUCAGAGGAAUCUGACUGCAAUUUUAAGUCACUUGAUAAUCAAGGUAAUCCGGAAUUCAAGCUACGUUUAUCUCGUUUCUCGAAAAAAGACACUCCUCUCAGGAACAAGGUUCCUGGGCUGUAUAAAUCUAGCUCUAUGGAAAACCUUUCUACCACCAAGAUCAAACCUCUAGUACGUGCCAGAGUCAGUGGGCUGAGCAAGAAGCCAGCAAGCAUCCAGAAGAGAAAGCACCCCAACGCCGAGAACAAGCCAGGACUACAGAUAAAAAUCAAUGAGCUCUGGAAGAAUUUUGGAUUUAAAAAAGAUUCUGAAAAGCUUCCCUCUUGUAAGAAGCCAGAUCCCCUGUCGCCAGUGAAAGAUAAUAUCCAACUAACUCCAGAAACAGAAGAAGAUAUAUUUCACAAAGCUGAAUGUGUGCGAGUUCAGAGAGCAAUAUUCCAGUGAACACGGGCAGCUGGAGCCUUGAUCGAUUUGAAGUCCUAUUUAGGAAGGAGGCAAUUAUUACCAGCCUGAAAGACUCAUUCUUAGAUUUAUGCCAUUUUUUAAAUUUAAGAGUACAUUUUGUAUAUUAACUGUGUAAGUUUUAUUUUGUAUAUUAACUGUGUGAUUGUUUCUUUUGUGCAGCUUUUUAUAUUUUUUUUCAUAAGGAGCUCAUGAGAGAAAUCAUUGUUGACAAUUUGGGGAAGUUUUCAUGUUCAUUGGGCAAGUCUAGAAUUUUUACAAAUUUACUCUAAAUAUUUCCGUAAUAUGGUCAAAUAUAAGGAUAGUAAAUGGAAAAUGACAAUUCUGUAAUUAUUUUACCCUAAAGGAAAUCAUUGUUUUUCUCCAAGCUUUAAUUAAGCCUUUCCACCUGCUUUUCCUGUAUAUCUUUCAGUGUUGAAUUGAAAAUAAAGUUACUGGGACGGGAGGGAUAGUUGGAAGGCUUAAAUAUCAUUGCACAAAUGGACAGUGCUCUUUUAGCUCUGAAGAGAUUGUUUGGGUUACAGAUUGACAGUGAAAGAAAGUUGCUUUUAGCCUUAUGUGAAAGGAGCCACUUCUUAUAUCAUUAAUAUUCUUCAAAAUAGCCUGUUUUUUUAAUGUCUUUUUUGAAGUAUGAGCUAAAAGUUCCUUAACAUAUACUUAAAACUAGUGUCCCAGGUACAAUAUAAGAUACUAACGUUGCAAAGUCUAUAUAAUAUGUACACUCUACAAAGAAAUAGGCAGAUCCCUGGAAAGACAGCCAGAGCUGUACAA